AUGUUGUUGCGCUUCUCGUCAAUGCUGCUUCUUUCCGAAGUCUGCACGUGCUUGGGGCUUGAGUCGAGCAAUAAACAAGACGCAUAUAAAUUGAGCAACGACUACUCGUUUCAGCCUAUCGAUCAUAUUAAUACCAAAACGACAGCUUCUUCUCGAUCGACCUUCCAACCCAACGACAACAGUGAAGAAUUCACGCUUGGCCUCGAAGACAGAGUCAAUGAAGCGAGAUCUUUUCAGAAUACACUGGAAAAAGACUUGGAGAAAGAGACUGAACUAGCUGAUGUGAUAAAGCAGUUAAAAACUGAAAAAGAGCUCAUGGCGCUAUUUGACCAGCUUAAGUGCACACAUACCGCGGACGAACUGGCCGUUAAGCUUCAGGAGCUGGAAAAUAGAGAAGGGUUGGAGGCUAGGGUGAAGACAUUGCAGAGGAUUCUGAUGAAUCAACGUAAUACAGCAUGGCUGAUGGAGGGAUCUCCUGAUUCUUUUCAGCAUUUCAACUUCCAUCAGGUUCACUUCGCUGAAAACAAGGUUUUUUACAGCUGGCUUUUUCAUCUCAUAUCGUACAGACAGAAAUACGAGCCGGAGGCAUUCACAGACAAAGAAGCAGUCGAUUUGCUUCAAAAGAAUAAAGACUUGCCUGGUCUGGCUACAGACUUUUAG